AUGGCUGAGAUACCGACGACGACCACGAAACGCCUCCUCCGCGAGCUAAAGGAAUACUCCAAGUCGCCUAACGAGUCGCUCGUCUCCCUCGCGCCCGUCAGCGACGACGACCUGCUGCACUGGGAGGCCGUCCUCCGCGGCGUCCCCGACACUCCCUACGAAGACGGCCUCUGGCUGCUGCACAUAGCGAUACCGCCGACGUACCCUCUGCACCCGCCCAAGAUCACCUUCUCGACGCGCAUCUGCCAUCCGAACAUCUCGUUCAAGACGGGCGACAUCUGUCUCACGCUGCUCACGUCGGAGCACUGGACGCCCGUCUACACCAUCUCCAGCACCCUGUCGGCGAUACACCAGCUGCUGACGGACCCCAGCCCGGACUCGCCGCUGAACGUUGACGUUGCCGCCCUGCUGCGAGACGGCGACCUGCUGGGAUGGACGGCGCUGGUCAAGUACUGGACUGCCACGGAGCGGUGGAGGGCGUGA